GACCGGGGCCCGGGUGGUGGCGGUGGUGGUGGUGGUGACGAUCUCGCCACUCGUGAUUUCGCUGCGAGUCGCGACCUCUGCACCGUGCCCCGUGGCGAACAACACUGGCGUCCACUGUGCGCGAGACAGAUCGUUUUGUCUUCUCUUUUGGAUAGAGAACUCGGACAUGCGCACACACACAUGGAGACACACACACGGAGACACACACACGGACACACACACGGACAUACACACGGACACGCGCGUGUUCUGUAGUGACCCGCGGAUGGCACCGCUCGCCACUGGCGCGUUGUGCCGGGGCCCCGCGCGGCUCUCCGUGGGAGGCCGCGGCUAUAAGAGGCGGCGGGGUGGACGCGCGCGGACGGGCUCGAGCACUCCGCUCUGCGCGUUUCUCCUGCUUGCUCAGCCCGGCGAAGGCGGCGGGCGCGACAGCGACACAAAGAAGCAGCGCCCAGGCUUUGGGUGGCCGCCUGCGAGGGCGAGCCCACGACGUGGUGGCCCCCAGCCCUGCUAGAGGACAGCAGCAGGAGCAGCAGCAGGAGCAGCAGCAGGAGCAGCAGCAGGAGCAGCAGCAGGAGCAGCAGGAGGAGGAGGGGGGCCAGGGUCCACGCUCGGAGCUGCGUCUCAGAGUUGCUGCCGCGGCCCCGGGAUUGUGCCGCGGGUGUCGUCGCGAGUGGCGCUGCCCGGCACACACCUGGACCCCCCCCCCCCCCGGCACACACCUGGACCCCCCCCUACGCGCCCCCCCCCCCGCAGGUGAGGUGCCCAGGUGAGGUGCCCAGGUGAGGUGCCCAGGUGAGGUGCCCAGGUGAAGGUGGUGGCGGCCGUGCCAGGACAAGUGAACGCCGACAGUGCCGCGAACAUGGAGGAGACUCCGGCCAGCGGCUUCCGCUCCGUGGUCGUGCCGCCGUUGCUGUUGCUGCUGCUGCUGCAGGGCGUGCCGGCACGCUGCGCCGCUCCGCGCGAGCGGCCCACGUCCUCGGUGGGCGCGGGAGGCCCAGGGGAGGUCGGCACCAUCGCCGCCGCCGCAGCGCCGGAGCUGCCCAUGGCCGUGUACGAGCAGAAGUACUACCUGCAGAGACUGUUCACGCGCUACGGCCAGGAGGGGCACCUCUCCCUCGACGCCCUGCAGAAGCUGCUCGUCAACCUGGGCAUCGGUGAGAUCCGGGUGCUCGAAGAUCAGGAUGAAGAUCACGAUCACGAUGAAGAUCACGAUCAGGACCACGAUCAGGACGACGAUCAGGACAACGAUCAGGACCAUGACCACGAUCAGGACCACGACCACGAUCAGGACCACGACCGCGAUCAGGACCACGACCGCGAUCACGACCGCGAUCGGGACGAGGGCGACGCCGGGCAUCGAGCUGGCCACGACCGCCUCCCCGGGCCGGUAGGCCGCCGCAGGGGCGGCUCGUCGAGCUCCGCCGACGGCGCGGGGGACGUCGGGCCACGGACCGCGGCCCCCACGGGCGGCGCCGGGGAUUGGCGAGGGCCCCCGAGAGGCGCGCCGGGAGGCGCGCCGGGAGGCGCCCGCAGCGCCCGGGAGGUGCCCCACGGCCGCGGGGCGUGGGGAGCCGCGGAGAGGCAAAGCCGGACGGCGGUCCAGGACUACCUCGCGUCGCUGGGCUUGUCGGGAGAUCACGGCCACAUUCACGAAGAGUGCAUGAACAUCACCACGCUGCUGUGGAACUACGGCAUGUCGUCGGCUUCCGGCGUCAACCAGGACCAGUUCAUCUUCCUGUGCCCGGCGAUGCUGUACCAGAUCGACAGCCGCGUCUGCGUCAAGCAGCAGCACGACCGCCACGGCACGAGCGGCGCCGCCACCGCGCCCGACACUGGUGCGGCCGCCUGGGGCUGGGGCUUCUUGGCCAUCACGGCCAUCUCGCUGCUCUCCCUGCUGGCCGCCGCCUUCAUCCCGGCCCUGUCACCCGACGCGCUGUCCAGCAUCCUGGGCUUCCUGGUGGCACUGGCCGUCGGGACCUUGAGCGGCGACGCCCUGCUGCACCUGCUCCCCCACGCGCAGGGCGGAGGACACGGCCACGAGCCGGGAGGCGCCGGCGGGGACUGGGCGAGCGGCCUGGUCGAGCGGCUGCUGCCGCUGGGCAAGGGGAUGGUGGCGCUCGGAGGCGUCUACCUUAUGUUCCUCCUCGAGAGUCUGCUGCCCCUGCUGCGCGUCCGGCGUGGACAGAAGGCAAGCCACCCGAAGAGAGAGGCCCGGGAGGCGUGCGAGGGAGGAGAGAAGGAGGCGCCGCCCUGCGAGGAGUUGGAGCUCAAAGUUGACGCAGCGCACCAGUCGGGCGGCGGCCACGCGGAGGAGGUGUCGCGAGAGGACCGGGACCCGGACCGUCGCCACGAGGGCCGUGCCCACGGCGGGGGCCUCGGUCAGCACCGCGGGCACUCGCACGCGCCCCCCGGCGGGGCGGGACACGUCGGCAACAUCGCCUGGAUGGUCAUCAUGGGCGACGGCCUCCACAACUUCACCGACGGCCUCGCAAUCGGGGCGGCGUUCAGCAGCAGCGUCACGGUGGGGCUCAGCACCUCCAUCGCCGUGCUCUGCCACGAGGUCCCCCACGAGCUCGGUGACUUUGCGGUGCUGCUGCGGGCCGGGAUGUCUCUGCGCCGGGCGGUCUCCUACAACCUCCUGUCGGCGCUGCUCGGCUACCUGGGCAUGGCCAUCGGCGUGGCCGUGGGCCGCCACCUCCACUCCUUCACCCUCUGGAUCUUCGCGCUCACCGCGGGCUGCUUCCUCUACGUGGCGCUCGUCAGCAUGCUCCCGGAGCUUCGCGCCGACGGCCGCGGGCCCAGGGGCCUCGGCCACUUCCUGCUGCAGAACGCCGGCCUCCUCCUCGGCUUCGCCAUCAUGUUCCUCAUCGCCCUCUUCGAGGACAGCAUCGCGCUCAGCCUCAGCUUCUAGGCCGCAGCGGCAGCAGGGGCCGGGGAGCGCCUUCGCUUGCACAUCGGCAACGCACGUUGUGGUUGUUGUGGUUGUUGUCGUGGUUGUUGCGGUUGUUGUCGUGGUUGUUGUUGUCGGGUGUUACACAUCCCAUCGACCGCACCCCGGCGG